UGCUAGGUAACCAGAUCUAUCACCGCAAGAGCGCAUCAUACUAAGGCAGCCUCUGACUGGCUUCUGUUGUGUCUCUCAGAUAUCCACUCUCUGUGGGACUUUGAAAACAGGAAGAGAGGUGGGCAAGAACCCGGUCACCACUCCUGAGUGCCCUGUGGCUCCGCCACUCAUAGAUUCACUCUGAAAAGAAGGCCAGCUAGGCUGUUAGGUAGCUGCCACCAUGAGUUUGGGCAUCAUGGAAGAGGAGGACCUGGCGGAAUACUUCCGGCUGCAGUAUGGGGAGCGGCUGCUUCAGUUGCUGCAGAAGUUCCCAAAUGUUGAGGAGCAGUCGGAGUCUGCAUCCAUCCGACUCCUGGAGAAGAAGAAAGAAGCCAAGGUCAUGCACCAGGCCAUGGAACACAAGAAGCAGACAUUCCAGCGAAGAAUGGAAACGCUGAACCUGCGCUGGGAGGAACUAGGCGUCAAGGAGGAGCAGCUGAAAACCCACAUCCAGAAGUUUGAGCAAUUCAUCCAGGAGAAUGACCAGAAACGAAUUCGAGCCCUGAAAAAAGCCAACAAAGAGCGCGAACUGAAAAGGCAGCGCCUGAGGGAGCUGGCCAAGGCCAAGCAGGAGAUGACCGCUCUGAAGCUGGAGCACCAGAGGCUGAGUGUCAAGCUGCAGGACUACGCCAUCUUCAACAAGUACCUGGAGAAGGUGGUGGAGAACUCGGAGUUUGAAGAGAUCCACGAGGUGAUUGCCCGUUACAAGACGCUGGUGAGCAUGCAUCAUGACCUCAUGCAGUCGGCACAAGAAGGCCAAGAGAAGAUUGAACGUGCCAAGGCAAGGCUGGCCCGCUACAUGGAGGAGAAGGACGAUGAGAUCCUCCAGCACAACAAUGAGCUGGCAAGACUGCAGAUGCGCUUCGACCGGGCCCGCAGUGAUGUCAUCUUCUGGGAAUCUCGCUGGGCACACAUCCAGAACACAGCGGCCAAGAAGACCCUCCUGCUUGGCACCAUUAAGAUGGCAACACUGAACCUCUUCCAGAUCGUGAGCAAGCAGCUGAAGGAGACCACGCAUGUGUCCCUGGAGGACACACAUAAACAACUGGACAUGAUCCAGCAGUUUAUACAAGACUUGUCAGACAUCUGGACAGAAGUAAGGAGGAAGGAACAGCAGCAAGUCCGGGUGUAAGGAAGCAAUAUGUUUCUAGUUCUGAGACACUGAGGAAAAGAGAAAGAGAAAACAUUUCUACUGAGCUUGUGGUCCAGCCCCCCUGGCCCAGCUGUUGAAGACCCAUGCUUCCUGAUGAUACAGCCUUGGUUGUUUUCCCCUGUGGCCUCAGUCUAUCCCUGACCCCCCCAAAAACAUUAAAUGUUUUAAGAAGUUA